UGAUGGAUGGGAGAGGAGGGUGUUGUAUAGCGAGGUAUGGAGGAGAAUAUGAUAUGUCGCAGGUGGAUAGGAUAAUGUUGAGGUUCAGACCGAUUGCUCCGAAGCCGGUCAACGGCGGAGGGUUGGAUUCCGAUAAUAAUAAUAAUAAUAUCAGUAAGAGAAGGAGAUCUUCGAAGGGUUUGGGUGAGGAAAAGACGGUUGUGACCCUGCCUCUGUUGCCGGAGACCCCUGAGCCAAAAGGCUCGGAGAGAGAGAGGAAGUCGAGUGGUUACUCGGCCACGUGGCUGAGUUUUGAGAGUUUCGAGAGUAAUAGUAGUACUUCUUCUACGACAUGUCGUAGGAGUAAGGUGGUGGGGGAGGAGAUGAGUACGAUGAAUAAUAUGCAGCAGCGGCGGCCGGUGAGGGUGGUGGGGUCGUGCGUGACGGUGGACUGCGUGACGGACACGUGGGUGGGCGGAGAUGGACUAGGGCGUACGGACGUGGAGAGGAGGAUGAAUCUGGAGAGGGACACGUGUCCGGGGUUUGUAUCGGACGGUGCGGGGAGGGUGGUAUGGACGAAUGGGGCGUACAGGAGUAUGGUAGGGGAGCAGGAGGAAAGGGAGACGAUGGUGUGGCUGGUGACGAAUGAGAGGGCGGCGAAGGCGGUGGGUGUGAUGAGUAAUUACGACACGGCGGCAUUCUCGUGCCGGGUGAGGGUGCAGUACAGCGGGUGCGGUGGGUCGUCGGCAGGGGAUUGGAGCUCGUUGACGCUGCCGUGUGACGUGUGGAGGAUGGAGAGUGGUGGGUUCGCGUGGAGGCUGGACGUGAAGGCUGCUCUUUGCUUGGGUCGGUAAACCGAGAUGGUAAAAAGCUAGCUGGAGAUGACAAAGUUCAUAACAAACAACUGAUGAGGAGUUGCUUUGCGUUUUAUUAUCAGUAAGCUUAAAUUAACGACCGUAAUUAACAAGUGUGAAUUAUUUUUGGGCACUGUUUAAUACUCUGUUGAAUUUCCUUUUAUAGCUCGCUCUCUCUGUGAUCUGGUGAAAAGCAAAUUUGAAUACGUUCAAAUGUCAUGUACUUUAUUUUGGGUGCAGUCAAGAACAUUUUUUU